AUGUAUGCCGACACAAUGAAGGGUCAUCAACCCAAAGGGCGCACAGGGGACGACGACAUCUUCAAAAGGCUCGCGGAUGCCUGGCCGACAUACUUUCCCGAGGAGGCCGAGGUCGGGCUAUCGGAGUCCGACCAUAAGGUCCGCCUCGCCACCGCCUUGGCUGAAUCCUUCUCCACGCUCGAGGUGGCGGAAGUCCUUUUCUCACGGAUUGAAGAUGAUGGCACUGACAUCAUAUGUCUUCCAAUUGAUUUCCAGCAGCUUCAGGAGAUGUGUGUGUUUAUUAAAGAUAAACUCAAUGAAUCCCCAAAAGAAGCCUUGCUUUGCGUGGGAGUUGCAGCUGAUCUGGCUCUGCGCUCGAGCAAAAUCAACAAGAUCUUUUUGAACGCAAAAUUCAACAAGAUCAAUAUCAGGUUUUACAACACGGGGCCGAGAAGCUUAUCACAGUGCAUGGUACUGUGGCUCAAAGUCAGCCCUGUAAAAGCUCUUGUUCAGCAGCUGGAAUUCCGAUGCAUGAAGUGUGGCAAAGAAAUCCCCCGUAUGUUCUGUGAUGGGAAAUUUUCUCCUCCAAUGUCCUGUAUCAUUCAGGGAUGCAAGAGCAGGAGCUUUAUCCCAGAUAGAUCUAGUGCACAGCUGGUGGAUUUCCAGAAAAUUAGAAUACAGGAGCUUGCAAGUGCUGACAACCACGAAGAGGGCCAAGUGCCACGGACCGUAGAGUGUGAGCUUACAGAAGACCUCGUUGAUUGUUGCAUCCCUGGAGAGAUCGUAACAGUAACUGGAAUUGUGAAAGUGCUUAACAACUAUAUGGAUGUUGGAGGAGCUGGUAUCACACUCGCUCUUUUUGGCGGUGUGCAGAAGAACUCAAUGGAUCAAAACAAGGUCCCUGUUCGUGGAGAUAUUCAUGUUAUUGUAGUUGGUGAUCCAGGGUUAGGCAAGAGCCAACUCCUCCAAGCUGCAGCCGCUGUUUCCCCACGAGGAAUAUAUGUAUGUGAGAAUACGACAACAAAGGCUGGCCUAACUGUUGCAGUGGUUAAAGAUUCUAUGACAAAUGAUUAUGCAUUUGAGGCUGGUGCCAUGGUCCUUGCUGAUCGUGGAAUAUGCUGUAUUGAUGAGUUUGAUAAAAUGUUUGCAGAGCAUCAGGCUUUACUUGAAGCCAUGGAGCAGCAAUGUGUUUCUGUUGCAAAGGCUGGCCUUGUAGCAAGUUUAUCAGCUCGUACUUCAGUGUUGGCAGCUGCAAAUCCUAUUGGUGGUCAUUAUGAUCGAGCAAAAACAGUGAACGAGAAUCUGAAGAUGAGUGCUGCCCUCCUUUCUCGGUUUGACUUGGUGUUUAUUCUACUUGACAAGCCAGAUGAGUCACUAGAUAAAAGAGUGUCAGACCAUAUAAUAGCUCUCCAUACCAAUGAUCUUGCUAAUUUCAGACCCAACAAGAGGAUUAGAACAGUGUCACAAUUUAAUGGUGAUCUGGGGCUUGGAUUUAGUGGAAAUUCAGUAGCUUCAAGACUGAGGCUACACCCAGAGAAAGACAAGGGUUUCACUCCAUUAGCUAGGCAACUUCUUCGCAAAUAUAUAUCUUAUUCAAGAGAACAUGUCUUCCCCCGAAUGUCAAAGGCAGCAGCUGCAAUUCUGAAACGCUUUUAUUUGAAGUUGAGAAACCGCAGCACUUCUGCUGAUGGUACACCCAUCACAGCCAGGCAGUUAGAAAGCCUAGUCAGAUUAGCUGAAGCUCGUGCUCGUGUGGAUCUAAGAGAUGAAGUGACUGAAGAAGACGCUCAGGAUGUUGUUGAUAUCAUGAAAGAAUCUCUGUAUGACAAAUAUGUUGAUGAACAUGGUUACGUCGAUUUUGCUCGGAGCGCUGGGAUGAGCCAACCGAAGGAGGCAAAGAGGUUUCUGAAUGCAUUAAACAAGGAAUCUGAGUUGCAGCAAAAAGACUGCUUUUCAAAAACCGAGCUUUUCACCUUAGCUGAUAAGAUCAGCUUGCGAGUUCCAGACUUGGACGCUCUUGUAGAAAAGAUGGACAUUGAAGCUGGUGACUGCGUCAUAUUAACAAUGCCAGCCAACGAGGUCAAGAUGGAUGAUCUCCACACACUCUGGACCCCUCCCGUGACAGACGUAUGGUUUGGAGGCUAUGCGUAUCCUCAUGGCUGCGCACAUACGUGCUGCAAUGUACAGGCGACUGAAGUGCACGCGUCGCAGGAUGACCACUAA